AUGGCCACAAUAAAUAACAAGAAAGCAAUCGUAGUAUUUCUCAACCUAGAAAAAGCCUACGAACUUCCCAGUGCAGCUGCCAUCCCGGCAGCCUUAGCCGACAAAGCAGUUAAAGGCAACCUUCUGGCAUGGGCCAAAGGAUACAUGCAAGACAGGCAAGCCAGAGUUACCUUUCAAGGUGCAACCUCCAAAUUCCUCAAUCUGGAAAAUGGAACACCUCAAGGAGGAAUACUCAGCCCCUUCCUCUUCAACAUACUAAUGGAGAAAUUAGCCAACAGCAACUUGCCAAAUGGAGUUGAAAUAUUCAUAUAUGCAGAUGAAGUAUGCUUGGUCAGCACAGACAGGCAUAGAGCCCACCAAAACAUGCAGAUCGCGAUAACACAGAUUGAAAACAAAUGCAUAGUCCUAGGACUAAAAAUCAACACAGCAAAAACCAAGGCAAUGGCAAUCAAAUACAAUACACACCUGAACCCAAUGCAAGUCAUGGGAGAACCCAUCGAAUGGGUAGACAACUUCAUCAAGCAAGGAAGCAUGCACCACCCAACAGCUAAAGCAAGCAGCACAAGAAGCAAUACAGUUGACAACCGCCAGAAGCACUCAAAGGGAGCUGGAGGCUCUCCGACAAUGCCUCCACACUACAGACAGAGCUGA